GGAAGCGGCGGAUGCUCCGCGCCGCCGGUGCCUUUGCUCGGGGCGGCGGCUCCUCCCGGGACACCGGCGGCUCUUCCCGGGAUACCGAGGAGCUGGGGGCGGGAGGGGGGGGGGGGGGGCUCCCGGGGCGGCGGGAGCGAGGGGCGGUGCCCCGGCACCGGGCGCGGCUGCGCAAGAGCCCGGGCGGCGGCGGGAGGCAGCGCUCGGCGGGGGCGGCACCGGGACGGCACCGGGACGGCACCGGGACGGCACCGGGACGGAGCGGGCGGCGGCUGGAGCCCGGAAUCGCCGGCACCAUGUCCCGACAGCGCUGAGGUCGGCGGGACGGGCGGCGAAGGGAGCCGCGGCCGGCGAGGAACCAUGGGGAGCAUCUACAAGGAAUAUUUCAACACGGAGAAGAUCCGGGAGCACUACAACUACACCAAGGAGGGCUCGGAGAGCUCUUCCACCACCUCCCGGUGGGUGGUUUCCAUCUUCAUCGUCGUCUUGUGCUGCUUCAUCGUGCUGGAGAACCUCUUGGUGCUCAUCUCCGUUUGCCGCAACAAGAAGUUUCACUCGGCCAUGUACAUCUUCAUCGGGAACUUGGCUUUCUCCGAUCUCUUGGCCGGGUUGGCCUUCAUGGUCAACAUCUUGCUCUCCGGAGCCACCACCUUCAACCUGACGCCGGUACAGUGGUUCGUCCGGGAAGGCACGGCCUUUGCCACGUUGGCCGCCUCCGUCUUCAGCUUGUUGGCCAUCGCCAUCGAGCGCCACGUGGCCAUCACCAAGGUCAAGGUCUACAGCAGCGACAAGAACUGUCGGAUGGUGCUGCUCAUCGGGGCGUGUUGGGUGAUCGCCGCCGCCAUCGGCAGCCUCCCCAUCAUGGGUUGGAACUGCAUGAGCGACCUGCGGGAUUGCUCCACCGUCCUCCCCCUCUACUCCAAACGUUACAUCCUCUUCGUCAUCACCAUCUUCACCCUCAUCCUCCUCGCCAUCGUGGGGCUCUACACCCGCAUCUACUGCAUCGUGCGCUCCAGCCACGCCGAGAUCGCCACCGCCCAGACCUUGGCCUUGCUCAAGACGGUCACCAUCGUGCUGGGAGCCUUCAUCGUCUGUUGGCUGCCCGCCUUCAUCAUCCUCCUCAUGGACGCUUCUUGCCCCGUCCGGGCGUGUCGGAUCCUUUAUAAGGCGAACUAUUUUUUUGCCUUCGCCACCCUCAACUCGGCCGCCAACCCCAUCAUCUACACCUUGAGGAGCAAGGACAUGCGCCGGGAGUUCCUGCGGGUGCUUUGCUGUUGCGGGGCCGGGCGCCGGGACCAGCCCCCCGGCCGCUGCGGCCUCCCGCUCCGCACCUCCAGCUCCUUGGACCGUUGCACCCCCAAAUACGAGUUACCCACCUCGCCCAUCACCCGCGAGUGUACCACCUCCGUCUAGGAGGUCCUGCUCCCCCCGCCCCCCAACCUCACGGCUGCCCCAUGCCUGCCCCAUGGCAGUGGUACGAAGGGAGCGGGGUCGGGGUGGGCGUUUUUCCAGGUACGGAUGGACAAUUGCACCUUCAUCCCGGGCAAUUCCCCCCCUCCGCCCCCAGCACCAACCCCGGGGCAUCCCCGGCGGCGAUGCUGCCGUUCCGGGCCGGGAUUGCCGUGACCGGUGCGUGUACGCGGGCACGGACACGCGUGUUGCUCUUCCCACGCCCUGCCCGAGCCCCGGGGCCCCCGCGGGACCUGUCAGACGGGUCCCGGGGCCCCUCCCCGCACCCCCACCCCCCCCGCGGCACCCAUGGCGCCAGUGGCAAAUCCUCUGCCCCCGGCUGCUCCCCGCCACCGUGGGUGGCUCCGACCGCUGCUCCGGCUGGGGGGAGCCGGGAAGGGGUGGGGUGGGGGGGAAGUUUGCCAGGAAAACGGGACCCGGGGCACACAACUCGGCGGGGGGGGGGGGACGGGGGGGACGACACACAUAGGGGGACCCCCGUAUCCUCAAGCUCGGCUGCACGGUCCCGCCGCGUGCUGGCGCGCGGAGUGUGUGUGGGGGGGGUGCUCGUCGCAGCCGGCUCUGCCGGGGCC